AAGUUUAGAAAUAAAUAUGUUAUCGCCCUAAUUAGUGACUUGUGUAUAAAUGGCUUCCUUGCUACAAAUCAAAAUUCAGUUGAUCUUCGUCACUGUGAAACCAAAUUGAUCUCUUGUUGAGGAUAUAAGUGAAAAGGGAGAAAUAAUUGCGAGCAGAGAAAAUGUCCUUCGGCAAUGGAGUGAAAUCCUGUGCAAAGCUGGUGAAGUCUUCAGAACCAUUGUUGUUGAAAUCAGCUAAUCGAGGGCUUCACUCAACUGGUGUGAAGAGAAUGGGAGGACAUGCACAUGGACACGAUGAACCCUACUAUUUGCACGCAAAGCACAUGUACAACUUGGAUAGGAUGAAAAAUCAGAAGUUGAGCAUGAGGCUUGGAGUUUUCACUGCAUUCAGCAUAGGUGUGGGCGUUCCAAUCUAUGCAGUGAUGUUUCAGCAAAAGAAGACGGCCUCUGGAUGAUAUUCUUCACUCAAACAAUGUGUGCAAUCCAAUAAGAAACGUCGGUUGCACCUCAGUCAGUCCUCUCCUCUCCUUGGUUUUAUUAACUCUGUAUAAACCCUCAUUUCAAAUGCUGCAUACAAACUCAGAAAGUCGAUUCUGUUUUUCCCAAUAAGUGUUUUCAUCAGAAUUCCCCAUUAUAUUCCACAUUUUGAUCCAAUCUGUUUUACUACCCAAAGAUUUUUAUUGUUUGGGUUCAUUCAUUCA